CCGUCAUUUAAGGAUGAACCGGCUAGGAAGUCAGUUGUCAAAAAUGAAUUUGUGAUAUUUUCUCGCAAUGGAAGAUGGAAUCAGUGGAUUUUUUACUUUUUGGACUAGCAAUUUUAAUAUUUUCUGGAUGGUGCUUUAGUGUGUUCUUACAUUUUCUCUCUAUCAUUUACGGGAAAUGGUUGUUGCAUCGCAGUCAUCCGGAUGUUGUUUUCGAAGACCUUCCCGGCAUCUCCAUCCUGAAACCUCUCGUGGGUAUCGACCCUAACCUUUUUGAAAACCUCGAAAGUUUCUUCAAAAUGAAAUAUCCCAAUUUUGAACUACUCUUCUGCAUACAAGAUGAAAUGGACGCUUCACGAAUGAUUGUUCAGAGCCUGAUUGACAAAUACCCUAAAGUGGAUGCAAAAAUGUUCUUAGGUGGGAGAAAUGUGGGAAUCAACCCUAAAAUCAACAACAUGGCGAUCGGGUACGAGGCAGCUAAACACGAUCUCAUCCUUAUAUCGGACAGCGGAAUCAAAAUGGAUGAGGACACGUUAGUUGACAUGGCAGUAUACAUGACACCAAAUGUUGGGCUUGUUCACCAGAUGCCAUAUACAUGCACGCGAAAAGGUCUCGCAUCUACAUAUGAAAAGGUUUAUUUUGGAACUCAGCAUGCGAAGAUGUACCUGAGUGCGAACGUUCUGGGCAUCAAUUGUGCCGUCGGGAUGUCCUGUUUGAUGCGUAAACCUAUCUUGGAAGAGGCCGGAGGAUUGCACGAGUUUGGACAAUACCUCGCUGAGGAUUUUUUUAUUGCACAAGCCUUUUUAGAUAGGGGCUGGCGUACGAAGGUGUGUUCUCGUGUAGCGCAGCAAAACUCUGGCUCAUACUCAAUACCACACUUACACCAACGCCUCUGCAGGUGGAUGAAGCUACGUACAGCGAUGGUGCCCGGGACUUCCAUGUUUUGGGAGCCCAUUUCACUGUGUAUUAACCUUGGGUUGCUCAACGCCUGGGCUGUCAGUUUUCUGUUCGAUAUAAGCCCGCUUUCCUAUCUUCUUGUUCAUAUACUCAUCUGGUUUCUCCUAGAUUACACAAUGUUGACCGUACUAGAGAAAGGGAGCAUUCCAUUUUCCAAAGUGGACUACCUUGUUUGCUGGUGUUUGAACGAGAUAAGCUACCCACUUCUCAUGCUACAAUCACACUGGGACCCGAUCAUUACUUGGAGGGGACGAAACUUUAAACUGAAAUGGGGCGGCUUAGUCGAAGAGUUGUACGUGAAACAAACAGUGUGAUAUUUAUUUUGAUUCUGCCGCAACAAACUUUCAAAUCUGAUGAACCAUGCUUCAUAUCAUUGUGUCUCAUUAUUUAUUUAAUGCUGAGGUAUAGAAAUGUUUUGAUACAUGUUAAUAUGUCACAUUGUCUAUGCUUGUAAGGCCUGGCCCCGAUUUCUCGAAACUUCUUAAGUCCCUUAUAACAGGAUUAAGCUAAGCUCACUAUUUUUGGUGUUCAAUAAAUUGCAUAAUAUUAACUGCUUUAAGAAUUUUUAUGCUUUAGAUAGGAAUUAUCAAUAUGAUUAUCACAAUAAACCAUUUUUCAUUUAUCAAAAUUCAAUUUAAGGAUGUAUUUUGGCUAAUUGAAAUAAGCUACUUAAGCCUGUUAAGCUUAAGAAGUUUCGAGAAAUUGGGGCCUGUGUUUGAGCCCAUGAUUACGAUCAUUUUGUUUUUCAAAAUGUGUAUUUUAUGGUAAAAAUAAAUUAUCAUCUCAUUGCUCCAGCUAGGCCUAAAUAGCAGGGUAGGGCACCCUUCUGCCCUUUUCCAGGAACCUGCUGCCUUUGUACUACGCCCUGUUGGGCCCUUUUAUUUAACAGAGUCAUUUUUCUGAAAUUAGUAUUAAAAUAAUAGAUAAAUAUACAUAAUUUUGACACUAAGGUAAAGAUAACAGCUAAUGUAUUGAUAAGAAACUGUUAGCAUUGAUUUUCACAUACACAAUAAGAAUUGAACAUUGACCUUUGCAAGUGCCCAUUCAGGCUAACUCAAUGUGCAGCAAAAGAGCCUUUUCUGACCUAGCACCCUUUUGAAAUAGGCUUGAUCAAUGUCAUCUUUACUCAAAUUAUUAUUCCAUUCAAAUAGCCAGUUUUACUUCCUUAAACUUUAUUUUGCAUGCUUAAACUUUAUUUUACAGAAAACUAGUGUAUCAAGAUUAUCCUUAAAAUAACUUCCUCUAACAAUUUCAAAACUCUUUCAAAGGAGCACAGUACACAAUUUAUACCCCCCCCCCCCCAAAAAAAAAAAAAAAAAAAAAAAAAAACGUGCUCUCUGCAGAGCUUGAUCCAGUUUCAAGGACUGAAGAUUGUUUUGCCUCUAAUUAUAAUUUCGUUCAAAAGAUUUUAACAGAAUUAUUUAUAAGCCCCACAAAUGAUUUAGCAGCAAUGAGUGUCAAAAUAUCAUCAUGAUCUAAAUUAUUACAAAUUAAAAAAAAUUAUGAAUAUACAUGUUUGUUAAAUCACCUUAUGUGAGUGACACUAUUAUAGGAUUUUUUUUACUGAAGAAUGAAACUCAAUGAUGCAGUUAACAUUCAAAGUAUCUCUUCUGCUUUUCUCAGAUUUUAUAUUCCAUAUUCAUAUUUUAAUCAAGUACUGGGUCAUAUUCACGAGGAAGCAACUUCGUGUAAAUUUUAACUUAAGUAGAAUUUGCCUGUUUUUAACAAGGAUUAGUUUCAAUUGAAUUAAUUCUACAACAAAGAAUAUUGAUAUGAAUAGAUUUAUUAGAGUGAGAUCUACUUGUUUUUUGAAAAUUUUACAUUUAUAACCUAUUACAAUUUUCUUAAUUUCGUAAAAGUGAUUUUUUUUGACAAAGUUGAAAAUUUAUUCCUAGUUGUUUUAUGAUUACCUGGCUAGGUUAUCUGUGAGGCCCGUUUUAGUUUGAUAAUGUGACAGUUUGAUAUUUAUCGAUACAUCAUCCUCAUUAUCAAGUUCAUAUAUCAUAUGAUUCAAUAAAAAAAAUCGAUGUGAUAUUUCCGAUUAUUCCAGCAGAGAAAAGAAAUCAAUGAUAUUUGAGUUUUAACUUCUUUUUUUUCAUAGUUUUACCAAUGCCACAUAGAAAAUAGUGCUCAUUCUUAAAUUUUACUGAUUUGAUUUUUAAGUUUUUUUUUAAUACAAAUACGGUAUUAAUAACAAUAUCCCUUGUACAUAGAUAAAUUAAAUGUUAUAACUAUCAAAUUUGACAUAUAUAUGUCUUCCACGACAUAUUUUGAUUUUAUAUUUUUGUAAGUUAUUCAGAACACGUAUUGCACAAACUUUAAUUAAUUUUGAAUCUCAUCUGAAGUUAAACACUCAACUUAGGUUUGUUUCAUUUCACUAUGUUUUAUUUCAUGUAAGAAAGGCUGUAUUUGACAUAGGCAUUUUAUGUGUAAAUCAGAAUGUUAUUAUACAAAAGUACACUUUUAUGUAUAUGAACAGUUUAAUUUGCUUUCAACAAUGGUGCUGAAUUGAUGUUUUAUUUUAUUUCAUAAAGUUUCCAAAAUCAUUUCAUUUUCAUGUUUCAUAAUACUCAUAAAAUUCAAUUUUCAUGGGCUUGGUGCAAAACUACUAUAACUUCACAUAAAUAUACAAGUAGUUAUGGUAGUCUUGCUCUCAGCCCUCAUUUUUCACUUUUGUAAUUUUGUUACCAUGGCAAUCACACGGUAAUUUCUCUGCCCCUUAAUUCCUUCAGCGCCCUCUGUUGUGCAUGACUUGCUGUUACCAUGGCAAUGAAUAUCAACAGAUGAAGGAAUAUCUGUGUGGUGGACUUUACAUCGUGUGUUUGCAACUAACUAGAAACCCGCAAAGCAAUGCAAUUCCGACUUUGUAUAAGAUUAUUUUUCACUUUCCAAUUUAUUUGUCUGUGAAAUAGUUGUGUGUAAAAUGUUAAAGUUAACAAUUGUUUAAUUGUAAAGCUGUAUGUUUUUAUAUGCCAGUUUCUUGUCAUAACAUGAAAAUUAACUGAAUAGGUUACACUAGAGCGAUUUUGUAGAGUUAGAAAACGUCCAAAUGAUUUAUUAAGAAUUGUUCAUGUUAAUUUUCUUAACAUUUUGCAUAAAUGUUUUUUUCUCAGUUAUUACAUCUAUCUGUUACAAAUGCCCCUUUUUUCUUGCUAAAAAAAAUAAUUAUUUUUUUAUUAAAUAUGGUGCAAAGCACAUAGAUUCUGUUCUGUUUAUGUAAUUUAAUGAUCCAGUGUUGUCUAAUUGGUUUGUUACUACAGUAAAUGCUGACUUGCCCUUAAAUUGUCUGGUUGGACGACAUUUUUUUGUGUAUAACAUUAAUGUUGUGUUUUGUGUUGGUAUAAGCAUCAUUUUUAAUAGCAUAAUUUUAUUCCUAGUAAAACUUCAGAUUAUUUAAGAAUAUUUAUUUAUGUUGUAUUAGAUCUGAUAUAUUUUUACAUGACUGGGUAAUUUCAGAAAUAUUAUACGCAAUAAUUUAGUAUUUUAAUCAGUAUUUUAAUAAUUAAUUUUGUGUUUCAAUUAUUUUCAUGUCAUAACAUUUUUAUGAUUUAAUUUCAAAGGCAAUGUACAAUUCUGUGUCAUUCCUGUUCCUUUAAAUUUUAUAUCGCCAAAGUAUGUCAAAUUGUUACUUAGCCAUCAAAAUAAGAUUUUUGGAUAAACUAGCCUGAAUUCUUAUACUAUUGCUUGGCAUCAAUUUUUUUAACAAGCCCUGCUAUAUAAGAUUCAGAAUUUGAGAAAACCCGUUUGACAUUUUACCUGUGCAGGGCUUGCGGGCUUGUUCUAAUUUCAACCACUGAGUUCAAUUCAUGAGAAAAAAUUAACUCACAUACAUUCAUAUUUGUAGCGUAAAAAAAAACACCUCUUGUUUUCUGCAGAUUACAUCAUUUUUAUAAUUAUAAAUAUAUAACGUUAGUUUACAGCUUACCAUAAACCAUAGAUAUGCAUUGAUAUAGACAAUUAUUAUUUUAUUUUGAAGUAUUUUGUUUUUUCCUGCAUGUAUUUAUAAGUACAAUUAUGUUGCCGGAAGUAAGGUCACCUUUUGCUGGGAGGCACUGAGAGUCAAGGGGAGCUGGUGUGUUUUCUUGAAAAUAAUCACACAAAACUGUUACUAAAGAUUGCUGGAGCAUAGGAAUAAAUGCCUAUGAUUAUACUGCGGUUUUUAGUUUUUAAUUAUAAUUAUGUGGACAUUUAUGAAGGACUGGUCAGAUUAUGGUAUUAAAAGUUUGGUCGAUGUCUAUUAUAAGUAUUAUGCUUAACCACAAUAUAAUGCUAUUUUUUUGAUCACUUCAGAAAAUUUUGAGAAAUAGAUUAAUAACAUUCCAUUUAAAUCAUAUGUUGCCUUAAAACAAUGUUUUAAGGCUUAAAAUAAAUAUAUCAUUAGUUUAAUAGAGAGUUUAUCUUCUUGCAGUUUUGUGAAUUAUUCCUCAACGAAUUCACGCCUUGCAUUUUCAGCUGAGUGAUGAAGCCUUAGUUUGUUUCCGGUUUUUUCAAGUUGAUUUUGUUAUUUUUCUUCAUUUAUUUAUUAGUUAUUUGUGCUUUUAAUGUCCUUAUAUUUUUUUUAACUAUUUGAUUUUGAUUUUAGUUGUAAUUAAAAAACCUUAUUAAAUGACUUAAACUUAGAACAUUUAACUGAGAAAUAUGAAUGUUCUGUAACCAUGAGUUUAAAACAUUAACAAUAUUUCCAAGAUGGAAUGUGACCUUGUAUUAGUAAAAUAUAAAUACAUAUAUGAAGAUUUGGGAUAAGUAUCAGUUAAGUUCCAGGUAUUACAUUUAAAAUGAAGAAAUCAACAAACACAACUUGUUAGAAAUUAGAUUUGAAAUGAGGCUGAGCCAGUUGACCCCUUGAUAAUGGCAUGUGAACCCCACAUAUGCUGCAUGAUGUGCUCUCACAUUUGACCUUGACCUUUACAUGAAGGCAACCUUUGACCUUCACAUGUUUGAAACAAGAACAACGAAUAGCUUAACUUUCACAUAGACAUUAUCACUUACUGGAAUUGGGAUUUAUAUUUUUUUUUAGAAAAAAAAAAGUCUCUGCUUUAUGAUUUAGUAGUGAAUUGAGUGUAUGAAUAUUAUGUGAGUGUUUUGGCCAGAAUUGUGUAAAACAUAAGUGUAAUGCAUCAGUGAAUAUUUAACAUAACUUUUUUGCUCAACAAUCAAUGCAUAAAUAUAUAAGCAAGUGCACUGUAAUGUUAAAUUGUCAUGUUUUUAUAUCAAGAAGGGGCCAUUUUAUCAAUGAAUGUACAACAAAAUAUCGUACGAUCAUGAAAUUUGGUUGAAUACUAGAUCAGUUUUUAAACAUAUUUUUAUCAGCAAAUUUAUCAAGCUUAAGAUUGCAAUAACAAAAAAUUGGUUUUAUAUACAUGAUAUAUUAUUGAAGUGGAUUAAAAAUGACAGCAGAGCUUAUAAAGUUUCUAUCAAAUGAUUUUAUUCAAAACAUUUAAAAUGCUAGGUGAUUGCAAAUAUAAAAUUAAUGUUUUAAGUUGGAAAUUCAAAUUAACCAAGUAUGACCUUUCCAGCUAACCGAUUAGAAUGAAAGAUUUGAAAUAUUGAUUGUACUAUAUGCUUGUUGGUUUCAUCCUGACUGUUACAACUGUUUUUGGCAGUGCUGUUUUAAUCCUAAGAUUUUAAAAGUACAAAAUGGAUGUUUUAUGUACUUAUGUAUUCUAUGUCAGAUGUUUUAACUAAGAGAAUUGCUGCUCUAGGAUGAAUGUUUUCAAUGCACAAUUCCUUUUAACCUUAUUGUCAUUAUUGUCAAGCAAUGCAUACAUUAAGAGAAAUAAAAUAUAUAAAUAUA